UUAUUGUGUUGGCACCCCUGUAGGAGAUUGUCAAAAAUCAACAUGAUUCUCUGCGAAAAUUUGUGAAUUUUAUCUCAUUCGAACACGAAGCCUAAGAAAAGACCCUAACUGCACUUUGGUAAUUUCCUGUAUCGCUGCACAUUCAUAUUCUUACAAAUUGUAACAAGGGCUUGAAACGUAGAAAUUUGUGUCGUGGUAAUUUUUAUCAGUGAAUUAUCGUGGUGACGUUUCGCGUUUUGUGUAGGCGAUUUUUAUUAUUGUUAUCUCAGUAAUAUAUUUUUUAAUGAAAGUAACAAAAUAAAUGCAGAAGAUUUGUCCAAGAACGAUGUAUUUAACGAGUUCAUUAUGCAUAUUAUUAUUGUGGCAUGUGACAAACAUUGAAGCCUUUUAUUUACCUGGCCUGGCGCCUGUAAAUUAUUGUCAAAAAGGUUAUUCAGACACGUGUAAAGCUGAAGUACUACUAUAUGUAAACAGACUGAACACUGAGGAGUCGGUAAUUCCCUAUGAGUACAAUUACUUUGACUUCUGUCAACCUGACGCUGAUAGGAAAUCUCCAGUGGAAAACUUGGGACAAGUAGUGUUUGGCGAACGGAUUCGUCCUUCACCCUAUAUACUCGAAUUUAUGAAAAAUAUUAGUUGUAAAGAGGUUUGUAAAAAAGAGUACUCUGGGAAUGAUCCAUCAGCGAACCGUCGUCUAAGUAUUUUAAGGAAAGGCAUUACAUUAAAUUAUAAACAUCACUGGAUUGUUGAUAAUAUGCCUGUAACUAGCUGCUAUGAGACUGAGGAUAGUAAACAGUAUUGCACCACAGGAUUUCAAAUGGGGUGUUUUGCAAGAGAUGGAAGAGAUACCUGCUUGAGAAGUCCUGACAGACAGAAUGCUUAUUACAUUUAUAAUCAUGUGGACUUGACAAUUACAUAUCAUUCAGGAGAACAAGAGGAAUGGGGCAAUAAGUUCAAAAGUAAUGGAGGCAGAAUCAUCUCCGUUAAAGUUGUUCCCAGGAGCAUUUAUCAUAAGGACGAAAGAAACCUGGACUGCUCGCCGCAAAAUACGAAAACAUUAGAAUUGAAAACAUCACUCAAGUCUGAUGAAAAAUACGAAAUAAUAUACACCUACGCCGUUACUUUUGUUCAAAAUAAUGCCGUUAAGUGGUCAUCCAGGUGGGAUUACAUUUUGGAAUCAAUGCCACACACCAACAUUCAGUGGUUCAGCAUUUUAAACUCGCUAGUUAUCGUUUUGUUUUUGUCGGGAAUGGUUGCCAUGAUUAUGUUGCGGACCCUUCACAAAGACAUCGCCAGGUACAACCAAAUCGACAGCGGAGAGGAUGCACAGGCAAAAUUCGGUUGGAAACUUGUCCAUGGAGAUGUCUUCAGGCCGCCUAGAAAAGGAAUGUUACUUUCAGUUUUGCUGGGUUCAGGCGUCCAAGUAUUUUUCAUGACUUUGGUAACUUUAGCGUUUGCUUGCCUUGGCUUUUUAAGUCCUGCAAAUCGAGGGGCUUUGAUGACGUGCGCCAUGGUACUUUACGUUCUGCUUGGUUCGCCAGCUGGUUACGUCUCGGCAAGGAUAUACAAGAGUUUUGGAGGCGAGAAGUGGAAGUCUAACGUUCUGUUGACUUCAAUGUUAUCUCCCGGGAUUGUUUUUGGAUUGUUUUUCGUGAUGAAUUUAGUAUUGUGGAGUAAAGGAAGCUCCGCAGCUGUGCCUUUCAGCACUUUGGUAGGCCUACUUGCCUUGUGGUUAUUGGUUUCGGUGCCUCUGACGUUUGUGGGGGCAUUCUUUGGCUUUCGAAAAAGGGCUCUUGAGCACCCCGUGAGGACGAAUCAGAUUCCACGGCUAAUUCCAGAACAGUCCAUCUACACUCAACCGGUUCCCGGAAUAGUGAUGGGUGGCGUUUUACCCUUCGGUUGUAUUUUUAUUCAGCUUUUCUUCAUUUUGAAUUCGAUUUGGUCUUCACAGAUGUAUUAUAUGUUCGGUUUUCUCUUUUUAGUUUUCAUAAUUUUAGUGAUAACUUGUGCAGAGACGACAAUUCUUUUGUGUUACUUUCAUUUGUGCGCAGAAGAUUACCACUGGUGGUGGCGGUCGUAUCUGACAUCAGGGUUUACAGCAGUUUAUUUGUUUUUGUACUGCUGUCACUAUUUCUUCACAAAACUGCAGAUCGAGGAUGCGGCAUCUGCAUUUCUUUAUUUUGGUUACACGUUGAUUAUGGUAUUUUUGUUUAAUUUGUUAACAGGAACGAUUGGAUUUUUUGCUUGUUUCUGGUUUAUUAGAAAAAUUUAUAGUGUGGUUAAAGUUGACUGAAGUGGUACUUUUAUUUUAUUGUGAUUUUUACCAACAUAAUUGUAACGUAUUUAUUUUUCGUUAAGUUCCCAUUUCUGAAUUAUUUCAGCACAGUCUAGCAAAUGAAAUAUUUUUCAUGAAAAUAAUAAAAUCGAUAAUAAAUGAAGAUUAACUCACGUCUAAAUCUUGUGAUGUAUUAAUUUUCUGUACGCAAUUGUAAUAUAAUAAAUAGAAAUAAAUUUUAUUGUAUAA